AUGGAGAAUGAUUGCCAAACGGAGUAUCAAACUUACCUGCACAAGGUCGCCCCGAAAGAUUAUUUGAGCGAAUACGUUACGCCGGUCAUCGACUGUAUAUUGGAAAACCUGAACGAAACCCGCAAGUCCAACAUGGCAGCCGCUGCAGUCUUGUUGGGCCUGUUGCCGACAACUCUAGGCCUGGUUGGCUCCACCACAGUAGAGGUUGGCCUUGUCGCCCUGCGGCGGCCUUUCCUCGCCUUCCUGCUCGCGGCCGGGGCCCCAGCUGUCUCGCCAAUCCGCACUUUCGAUUACAUCGAUACGAAAGAACUGCUGGAAAGGAAGCCGCAAACUGUCAGAAUAAAGCCAAUGGGACUACUCAAGGGAUUCGGGGUCUCGAUUUUCCAGUAUGUCAUGGCAGCCGCGGCGGUCGUGAACGUGGCUUUCGUGAGCUACGAGAUCUGCAUCCAAACAAUCUGUUCUUUCGCCCCGGAGACUGCAUAUCUGCCGGCAUUGUGGGCAUUUUUGGCCGUUGCAGUGCACUUCUUCGGCACUUGGUCAGUCCACUGUCGUACCAGAAUCCGUACUAAGCCUGGUGCGAAGAAGCCACCGGGGCUCUGGGAGACAAUAUGUGCAGAAUUCACACCAUCCGCCUCGAGACAAGGAGCAGAUCUGGAGAUCAAGGAAGAGACAUAUCUCUACAUUUUCCUCUCCUGGUUCACGGCUACCGGAACCGUCCUACACAUUGUGUACGGAACACUCGUCUUUUCCAGUCUCAUAUUCAUCUCCACCAGCGACGCUACAGCUGUGGUGGCGAGGUAUCUGUCUUCGACUUUGGUCUGCCGGGCAAUAGUAAUGUACGAACUGAGUGGGCUGAGAGAAGUGCUAAGCGACCAAGGCAAAGCCUCUCAUGGCGGACCUGAGCUGAUACCGAUGGAGCCAGGGCCUGGGACCAUGUCGUUUGGUGACCGUCUCAGCGCUCCUUGGAAACGGCCAGCCUCGAGCCGAACAGAAGAGUGGCAGUUAUUGUCCGGAGCGGAAAGGCCUGGAGAAGCGUGA